GUGCCCACUACAAAAUACAUUCAUAGCAUACCGCGACUGAAAUAUUAUCGGAAAAUCCCCGGAAUGUUAUCGUGUCAAUUCCAUCAAUUCCAUAAUUCAUCAUCAAUUGUCCGUUUUAAUUGACCCCUGGCUGCUUCUACUAUGUCCAUGCUCACAACCCAUCUUGGCUAUGAUUUCAGAUGUUAAUAUCGAAGCCGUGACCUCAAAAGACGAGACUUGACACGACGUGACGCCACAAGUCUUCUUAGCUAAAUCAACUAACGAAGGGACUAAACUGACAGCUUGUCCUCUUACCUUUCUUUUCUUAGGUAAAUCGCCUCUAAAUGUCUGUCUAAUCGUCAUCUUGUAAAUACGCGAUACCAUGGAACAUUCAAAAUCUUUAUGAUUUGCCGAAUCUCGAGCCGAAACAAGACUACGCCUUGAGGUAUCCGAGGUAUACGAAUUACACGAGAAGGUACACGUCAAUAAAACAAUAUUUGGAGAAUUCGAUUUCAGUUUAUGAAGAGGUAGUCAUUCACAAUGGCGGAUUACUCUAUGUAUCACGCUUUAGGGCAAGGCGAACAAUAUGAUCCUAAUAAUCCCAACCGAACGACUCAACCCGCCCCUCCGCAAUUCCAACCCCCCGUUGCCCAAAAUCCCUAUCAACAAGGCGUUGGCUAUGGCUCUCCUGCACCUCCCCCGGGUCAACAAUACUAUGGGAAUGCUGCUCCGCCUCCCGGUGGCCCUUCGCCCGUAGCCGUACCCCCACAAGAUGGAGGUCUUUCUGCACAGAUGGCAGGAAUGUCAAUAGGAGAUGGCCAACAUUCGGCGAGGAGGAAGAAGAAAGAUAGACAUGUGUUCCAUGCCGUGGAAGCUCCGGCUGGUUCUUCGCAAGCGUAUAAUGGUAUACCGCCGGUAGGGACACCUGCUACGGCUUUCUUAAACGCAGAUCCCUCCGUACAGCCAGGCAGCCAGUUCAUUGGACAACCAGCUGUGCCAAACCAAUUCCCGGCCCCUGUCAACGCACCUUUCAACCCCGCGAUACCAGCGACUCCAGCCGAAUUUGCUGCAAGAAGUGGUCAGGUUGAUCAGGGCCAUGCGCCCGCCUUCGUACCAGCGUCAGGGGGAGGACAGGUUUCGCCAGAUGAUGUCCCUAGUGUGCCAGUGUCUAGGGAUGUACCACAACAAUACUAUCUUAGCAAUGUAUAUCCAACCUUCGAGCGUCAUGUUCCUCCUCCGGCUACCGUCUCCUUUGUCGCCUACGACCAAGGCAAUUCUUCGCCAAAGUUUACUAGGUUGACGAUGAAUAAUAUCCCAUCCAAUUCUGAAGGCUUAAACAGCACCGGUCUGCCUUUAGGCCUUAUCUUACAACCCCUAGCCCGCCUUCAACCUGGUGAGAUGGAGGUUCCUGUACUUGAUUUUGGGGACGUUGGACCGCCGAGGUGUCGGAGAUGCCGUGCUUACAUCAACCCUUUCAUGAUGUUUCGUUCAGGGGGAAGCAAGUUCGUGUGUAACCUAUGUACCUAUCCUAACGAUACCCCUUCGGAAUAUUUCUGUGCGACAACUCCGCAAGGCGUACGAGUUGACCGGGAUCAGCGACCGGAGUUGACGAGAGGUACCGUCGAAUUUACAGUACCUAAAGAGUACUGGACGAAGGAGCCGUCAGGUCUUCAUUGGUUAUUUGCUAUCGAUGUCACUCAAGAAUCAUACAACAAGGGGUUUUUAGAAGCCUUUUGCGAAGGUAUACUUGCCGCACUCUACGCUCCGGAAGGAGGCGACGAGACAGAUGAGAAUGGCGAACCGAAACGACGAAUUCCACCUGGUGCUAAAGUCGGAUUUGUCACAUAUGACAAGGACAUACAUUUUUACAAUUGCAAUCCCGCCCUGGAGCAAGCGCAAAUGUUGAUAAUGUCCGACCUUGAGGACCCCUUUGUACCACUUAGCGACGGACUUUUCGUUGACCCAUACGAAUCAAAAGCGGUCAUCACGUCGCUGCUUGCGCGAUUACCGACAUUGUUCGCCGAUAUUAAAAAUCCGGAGCCCGCCUUACUACCUACAUUGAUCUCAUGUUUGGCCGCAUUAGAAAAAACUGGAGGAAAAAUGGUGUGUUCGCUGUCUGCGUUACCCACUUGGGGUCCUAACCGCCUUUUUAUGAGAGAUGAUGGGAAGUAUUCAGGGGGCGAAAUCGAUAAGAAACUUUUCACAACUGAUCAUCCCGCGUGGAGGAAGAUCGCCGAGAAGAUGGUUGCAGCUGGUGUUGGUAUUGAUUUCUUUUUAGCCGCACCCUCUGGUGGAUAUCUAGACGUAGCCACGAUUGGUCAUGUCGCGUCCACAACUGGCGGAGAAACAUUUUAUUACCCCAAUUUCGUAGCUGGCCGCGAUAACGCGAAGCUCUCUCUAGAGAUCAAGCACACAGUCACUAGAGAAACAGGUUAUCAGGCAUUGAUGAAAGUUCGAUGCUCUAACGGUCUCCAGAUAUCGGCAUACCACGGCAACUUUAUACAACAUACCUUCGGAGCCGAUCUUGAAAUAGGAGUCAUAGAUGCCGACAAGGCCGUGGGUGUUACGUUUGGUUAUGAUGGAAAGCUCGAUUCAAAACUUGACGCUCAUUUCCAGUCCGCCCUAUUGUAUACGACCGCCUCCGGCGAGCGACGAGUAAGGUGUUGUAAUGUCAUCGCAAGUGUCAGCGAUAACGCAAGGGAAUGCAUGAAAUUCGUUGACCAAGAUGCCGUAUACACAAUCAUUGCCAAGGAUGCCGCUUCUAAACUGGCCGCGACUUCUACUUCCCUUAAAGACAUAAGACUAGGCCUAACAGAAAAGACGAUUGAUGUUCUGGCUGGAUAUCGUAAGAAUUUCUCCUCUCAGCACCAUCCGCCAGGACAGCUUGUCAUGCCGGAGAAGCUUAAGGAGUUCUCGAUGUACAUGCUUGGUCUGAUCAAAUCCCGCGCUUUCAAGGGAGGAAACGAGACCUCCGAUCGGAGGGUACAUGAGAUGCGUAUGAUCAGUUCAAUGGGCGCUCCAGAACUCAGUCUGUACCUGUACCCUAGAAUGAUACCCAUUCACAACCUUAACCCCGAAGACGGGUUCCCCGACAAAGACACUGGCUACUUGAAAGUGCCACCAGCUAUUCGUACGUCGUUCAGCCGUGUUGAACCAGGAGGAGUCUACCUUGUAGACAACGGGCAACAAUGUUUACUAUGGUUCCAUUCCCAAACCUCGCCCAAUCUGCUGGCGGAUCUGUUUGGUGAAGGCAAGGAUAGCCUCAGCUCACUUGACCCGUACAGCUCUUCCUUACCGGUCCUGCAAACGCAUCUUAAUGCCCAGGUCCGGAACAUAAUCGAAUUCCUCAAGACCAUGCGCGGUUCUAAGGCGUUGACAAUUCAACUGGCUAGACAAGCAAUUGACGGGGCUGAAUAUGAGUUCGCAAGAUUGUUGAUUGAAGAUCGCAACAACGAAGCGCAAAGUUAUGUGGACUGGUUAGUACACUUACAUAAGGGCGUACAACUUGAGUUGGCUGGGCAAAGACGAAAAGAAGGCGAUGAGCAUAGUUCCCUGGCAUCCACGUUCCAGGGAUUAAGGCCACAAUACUGGUAGCAUGCCAUUCACAAGGACAAUCCUAGACAUACGCAUACAAAUAACCUUGGACCCAAGGAUCCGGCAAUUGGGAAAUGUUCUAGAUCUUGUCCGAGAGCCUCAAGAAGAAGCGAUUCUGGAUUUAAGGAUACAUAGAUAUGGUUAUUCUACCCCUCGGUUUCACCACCUCGAUGUCAGAUCAUAUCUAUUAAAACAAGUGGUACUGCGUUGUACCCCCAUACCAAAGGAUCAACCCCGUCCCUCUUUGAUGUUUGGUGAUUCCAAUGCAAAUUUGUGUCGCCCAGCCUUCCAAAUUGAGACAUGUCAAUCAUGGAUUACUAGUUUUUUUUCCCCGGCAGAACUAACUCAUUGACACUAUGGUAAAUCACCUUCCUGUUCAUUCCAGUGGGAGUGAGGAAGAUCUAGUUUCGGCCGAAAGACCCUGCAUCUCGCCUGUGACUGCAGCGAAGCAAACAACCUAACGGAAAUGAUGCCCGAGACAUCUGAAAUAAGCCGACUGCCUCCUUCCGCACCAAUAAUUAGUAACGGCCGUGAGCCCCGAUUUUUCUGUAGGACUCAUCGGUCCAGGGUGUUUGCGCUCAGUCUUGAAAAAUUUCAUGCCGAUAUCACUUUAGACAGCCUUACGUCUUAUUAUUACUAGGGAUAUGUCAAAACCGCAUGACCUCUUAGUAACAAUUCCAAGUUAUACAUAUCACCUUAAAUUUCGUAAGGGUAUAAUAUAAAUUUCUAGCCUAUUGA